AUGAACCACUACUUAUAUAAGCAAAUCAAAUGUAAGAGACACUUUUCAUCCAAUUGGAGACACUUUCAAGAAGUUAACAAGGACAAGACACGUCUACUCCUGCAAGAUGGUGGAGAUAGCAAGUUGAGCAAACAAGCCAUGUCUCCUGAGCAACUGCAACUGCAACUGCAACUGCAACUGCAACAGCUUGACGGUAACACGGCUCCACGUUCAAGUGUCAUCAACAGCGAGCUCAACGAUGGUGUUAAAUUGGGUGAAGCAAAAAUCAUACCUGAGGGGUCUCGCAAGGAUGAGUUUUUAACUGAGAUAUUCGACAACUUAGAGCCGUACCUUGACACGUAUUCGGUGUUUUCCAAGCUAAAAGAGGCUGGAUUUACAGACUCGCAAUGUGAUUCAAUUAUUCAAUUACUUAUAUUCCAACUAAAUUCAAAGUUAUCAAAACUAUCCACUAUUUAUGCGCAAAAUUUUGAGUUGGAAAAUGAACAGUAUUUGUUUGAAAGUGCCAAGCAAGAGAUAAGAGUUGAUAUAACGAGGAGUCGAGAGCAGCACAUAAAUGAAUUAAUCACGUUGGUGAACAUCUUGGAGCGGGAUUUCCAUAUCAUAUCGGACGAAUUAAAUAACGAUUGUAUAAUGCUUAAGAAUGAUUCACAAGUUGCGAUACAUGAAGAAAAAUCUACCAACACCUUAAAUGUCAAGAAAUUGUUUCUACGGAUCCAGGAAACCAACCACAAGAUUACAACAGAGUUGGAUUCUGCAAUUAGAUCAGAGAUAGAGAGCUUGAGAUGGUACUUAUCUAGAUGGGGGUUGAUUACUUUGUUAGUAUCUUUGUUCCUAGCAAGUUUGAUAUUUUUUAGUAACAAAUUUAAGAUGGAAAAAGCAGAGGCAAAGAAGGAGUUCAUACCUUUGGUUAUACGCGAACCAAGCGAAUACGACGAAGAUGAUUAUCAUACAGACUUGGAUAAAUCAACUGUUGAAUAG